UUGACCUACAGGUAUAGGACUGGGUCACGUUUUGUCAGCGGAAAGUUUCAGUGGUAAAAUCUAUAACGACAUUCUAGAACUGCCCGCGCACACUGAACGGAGCUUUCUCCCCAGCUGUAAGGUAUUCCAGAACACCGCGGCUCAGAACGGCGUCACGAACACAGCCAACAUGGCGGACGGUGCAGCUCGGAACGGCGUGAAGAAUGGUGUCAGGCGUGGCGACGCUAGUCCUGCGAAAAAACCCAGAAGUGCUCUGAAUACGGAUUUCCUGACUGCCAUGUUUGACGUGAUGGUCAAGGAGGCCUUGCAGGAAGGCCUGGACGUUACCAGCAAAGUGGUGGAGUUCAAGCACCCUAAAGAUUUGGAGGCCAUCUUGGAUUUGGACAUUGGCCAAGACGGGACACCUGACCAGACACUCAUUAGCAUGGCCAAACAGGUCGUCAAGUACAGCGUCAAGUCAGGACAUCCCCAUUUUUUCAACCAGUUAUAUGGCGGAUUCGACCCAUACACUCUGGCAGGGGCGUGGCUAACUGAAUCUCUCAACACCAGCCAGUACACAUACGAGGUGGCGCCAGUGUUCACCCUGAUGGAGAAAACCGUCCUCUCUAAGAUGUGUUCUCUGGCUGGUUUUCAAGAUGGUGAUGCAAUCUUCUGUCCUGGUGGUUCUGUCUCCAACAUGUAUGCCAUCAACCUGGCUCGCUUCAACAAAUACCCCUCCGUGAAGACUGCAGGAAUGGCAGGACUACCUCCCUUGUGUAUCAUGACGUCAGAGACGGGACACUACUCAAUGAAGAAGGGGGCGUCGUUCCUUGGCCUCGGUAUGGACAAUGUCAUCGCCGUCAAGUGUGACGACAAGGGCAGGAUGCUGCAGUCUGCUCUCGAGGACGCCAUUUUGAAAGCCAAAGGAAAUGGAAUGGUUCCAGUGAUGGUCAACGCGACCGCGGGCACGACAGUACUCGGGGCAUACGACCCGCUCGUCGACAUCGCCGACGUAUGUGAGAAGUAUGGGAUAUGGAUGCACGUGGACGGCGCGUGGGGCGCUGGGGUGCUCCUGUCACGAAGUCUCAAACACCUCAUGAAGGGAAUAGAGCGAGCUGACUCCUUGACGUGGAAUCCCCACAAGAUGAUGGGAACUGUGCUACAGACCUCCGCUUUCCUCACACGGCACAAGAACCUGCUGUCUGAGUGCCACUCUGCCAAGGCCAAGUAUCUGUUCCAGCAAGACAAGUUCUACGACGUCAGCUACGACACCGGGGACAAGUCCGUCCAGUGUGGCCGCAAGGUGGACGUCCUCAAGCUCUGGAUGAUGUGGAAAGCCAAAGGAGAUCUACAGUUCGAGAGAGAUAUCGACAAUAUAUUUGCUUGUUCGAGGUAUCUAACUAAGAAGCUUCAGGCAACCAAUGGGUUCAGACUUGUCCUAGAAGAGCCUGAAUGCACAAAUGUCUGCUUCUGGUACAUCCCUCUGAGCAUGCGCAAUAAAACGGAAGACAGAGCCUGGUGGGAGGCGCUAUCGAAAGUGGCGCCCCUCAUCAAACAACGCAUGACAGAAGAAGGAACUCUUCUGAUUGGCUACCAACCUGAUGGACACAGAGUGAAUUUCUUCCGGAUGGUUGUGUCGAACACCAACAGCACAUUCCACGACAUGGACUUCGUCGUGUCCGAGAUCGACCGACUAGGGCGAGAUCUGUGAGACGUGAUAGGUGCUGAAGACAUCGUGAACGACACGACCUAGUUUACAAACCUGAAUCACGAUGACUCGGCUGUUCCUACGGAGCCGGGUCACUGUGCCAGUAAAGUUGACAUACAUGUCUCAAGUGUUCCAGUCAGCUAAAUUAUUCAACAUAUAACUGUGACAAAGGUUGAUCGGUGAAUUACCGCUUAGACACUGUGCGUUUCAUGCAUAAUACAACUCAACGCUACAAUUCAUCGCCUUAUAUUUUUUUCAGAGCUUUCAUCAUUAUUAAGAAAAUUGAAUGUAUAUUUUUCAAUGUGUUUCUAUGUGUUUUUACGUACUUCAUUUCGGUAAAAGGUUGCCUAGAGGUCUAAGACACUGCAAUU